AUGCUUGGCAUGCCAAAAAUGGUGAAUGAAGUAUUUGCCUUCGACAACAGCCAUGUUUGGUUUAAGAAGUUCAUAGAAUAUUGGUUUCGCGUGGCUCGUGAAAAAGCUCUGGCUCGAGUAACGAAUGCUGUGGAAAUUGAUAAGAUGGUUGCCGUGGAUUCAAGUGUACAGUAUUCAAAUUCUGCUGUUACCGUCACUUCUUGUUUUCAUAAGCUGUGUGAAAUUUGGAAGAGAUUACAAUGGCCUGAUGGCAAAGAAAGGUAUCUUUUUGUCAUGAAAAUAAGCGAAGAUAUAUGCGAAGCAGCUCGACAUUACGCUGAGGAAUUGGGAAAUAAAUUGAAAGCCAACAACUAUUACAGCGAUUAUCCUUCCUAUUUUGGUGUAAGCAAAUCGUUAUGCAUCACAAUAAAUAAUGUGCCCUACACUCAAAAAUGGCUGACAGAGCUUGAUAGGCACUUAAACUGGCACAGUGUCAUCAGAGACAUGAGACUUGCGCAUGACAAUGAGACGGCAACGGAAUCCGAACUCACUUUGAUACAGUUAUCCGAAAACACACAAGAAGUUCUGUUCAAUAAAAUGGACGAAAUGAUUGAUCAUAUUGUAAUGAAGAUGUCCAUAGACUUGAAAAGAUUUAUUUCCGAACUCGUGAGCAGCAACGAAGACAUUGAGAUUGCCGAUGCAAUGGAUCCGUUACUCGCAUACCUUGAAAAAUCAUUGAGAACAUUUUACGAGACUUUUGUUCGUCCUGUUUUUGAAAGGACGUUGCUUAAUCUUUGGAAUGGACUCGUAACGAUUGUUGUCAAUACCAUCAAAAAUGAUAAAGGGAGAUCGCCAAAUUUCUAUCAACGAACGAAAAAAGUCAUAAAGGUUCUAACUAAUUUUUUUGGCGUCGAUGGCUUCGGUAUACCAAGUGAGAACAUGAUAAAUGACGAAUUACAGGAACUCCUUGACGAUCUUGGUAUUCGUCAGUUUACAUCGGAGAGACUCAUAGAAGAAUACUAUGCUGAGAAAAUGAUCGAAAUGUUGGAAAAACCGCGUGAUUUAGGAGAACUGGCGCUGAAAAUGUUUUACGAUUCUAGAAAUGAAAAUCUCCACAUUGAACUGUUGAAUGGUAGAAAUUUACCUGCAUUAGACUCAAAUGGUUUCAGUGAUCCGUAUGUUAGGUUGACACUUGCUCCACGUCAUCUCUUUCCCAUGGCAACAGUGGAAAGGACUGCCGUACAAUGGAAAACGCUUUUUCCACUGUUUGAUGCGAAGUUUCAAUACUCCGUUUCGGCUGAGUCAUGUAAGCAGCAUGGUGCCCACGUUCAAUUGACCGUAAUUAAUAAUAACGUUCUGACAGAUGACGUGGCUGGUCAGGUGUUUGCAUCACUCAAUGAUGUCCCAGGCCUCGAGACCAAAAUCCCGAACACUUUCGCUGCUUUUGAACAAGUCUUAUUGCCCGUCAUUCACCCCACCCUGAAGGGAAAUAUUUUGAAAUUUUGGAAGCAAGAAGCGACGAAUUGGCGAUGAAAUUCGUGAAAGAAAGACAAGAUAUUUACCAAAAACUUUUACUCGUACGGAAUAAAGCAAAAGGGAAAACUCCUUAACUUGCGUGUAACUUGCAAACUGGAAAAAUGUUCAGACAAGAACAGUUGAAAGGGCAGACUGUCGAAAUGAAUGUUGGGAUACUUCUGGGCUCUUUUUUUUUCAUUCAUAACGUAAAUGUUUUGCUGAAAAUUUACUUCCGUCCAUAAUUUAUUGUAGGUAGUUCUAUUUUUUUCGUAUUGCUCUUUUGUGAUUAGUUUCCUUCAUUCUGUAGCAUCCAUCAGAAUGAUAUUGGUGGAAGUUAUAAAAAAAUAGCCAUUGUUGUAAAUAAUUUAAUGAAGUCACUUAAUUUAAAGGACGAUGUCUUUAUCUACAUGUGCUAAGUGGUUGUGUAAAAAUUUUUGCUAAUUUAUUUAUUGUUAAUAAAAUACUAUUCUACGCA